UUCUCACUCCUUUCAUUUUUCACCCUAUGCUUAACACAUUGGGCGAAAUAAGAAACGAAGUAAGAUGAAGUGAAAUGAAAUACGUUUGCAAGAAACUGACUAAAUGUGAUGAAAAUCUUCAGUGAGAAAUCGAGAUGACUGAACUUUGAAUGAAAAAGUUUUUUUUGACAGGUACAUAUGAUGCAUAGUUAAAUCCCACCACUUUGCCAUCCAAUAGUUGCAGGGUAAAGAAAACCAUUGGAUUUAGCUAUUCUAAACCCAUAUCAGGGGCUUUAGUUGGGUUUUUAGGGUAGUCGGUAUUUUGGGGGUAAACUAAGGCUAUGUCUCAUGUAUUUAUAUAUUUAGUUGUGAAAAAAGUCUAGAUUCUCGUCCUUCACGAGUCUUUCACGAGUUUUUCUGUACACUUAGGUCUUUUCAGAAUUAAACAUCGACUGCACUUAGGUCUUUUAUGAAUUAGUACGAUGAUAUAUAACUCUAUUUGUUGAGCCUUGGACUGAGCCGCUGGCGUCGUAAUUGACAUGUGCAACAACAGCUGAUGCAAGUAGUAUUGUCUUUCUGAAGGGAAAUUUCAAUAGGGUCAUGUCGAUAUCCGUAGCACCUAUAUGCAAUCAGCGGUUGAAAAAAUAAUCGAGUUCAAAGAGAGGAACUCGCGAAUCGCGUUUGCCAAACCCCAAAAAAUUUAAACUCAUAUGAGUUUAAUUUGCACUUGUAAAAUUUCACGUUAGAAAAAUUCCAAAACGACUUUUUGUAAUUAUAUCUACAAGUAUUAGGAUUGCAAAAAUGUUCAGUUCAAAAAAAAUUCUGCACGCAACCAGUCCCAGCAUCAGGUUAAACUUAGGAGAAAGCGAAGGAAGUCUUCAUUCAAAAUGCUUCCCCAAAAUUGGGUACUGUGGCCAAGAAAGUUGAAAUUUUGAGAACGUGGUUGGGCAUAAUUAAGGUCAAGAAACUGGGGAUCAAGGUUAGAGUAAAAAACAUUGUACCAAAGUACGCCAAGAACCAAGAACCACAGGGAAAGACAGCUUGCUGAAAAAUUUGCGACUUUCUGUCAGAAGCGAUUCUCGUCACGAGUGAUGAGACUUUCGUGCACUUGGAACCUUCCGAUACACCUGGGAAGAAAUAUUAUCAUAGCUCCAAACCAGGUAAAGUGGAUUAUAACCAUCAAGUCAAAAGAAAGCCGAGGUUCCCUGCAAAAUUACUCAUCCAGAAUGUAUUGCGCCUUAUGGGGAAUUUCGUCCCUCAGAAGGAAAAUGCUCUGAAUGUCCCCCAGUGCGGAACAACCCAACGAAUUUGUACCAAUUACAACGCCUGACAUCCUAGGGAUCUGGUAAGGCAAAUGGUCUUCCAAUCUUCUGAAGAAUAUGGACAAAAGUUAAUGAGGUGGCGGAAAACUGUGGCGCGGCUCAAAUCGGAAGCGUCGGUGAGAAGCCUUGCUUGCUGCCGAAAUAUGAUGUCUGUAAAAUUCUUGGAUACAAUGUACAAACUACAUCGUAUAGUGAUCAUUUUGUACCAUAUAUGAAUUCCAUCUAUUCAACAUGUCACUUGUAAUGAUUUGGACUAUCCAAUCCAAGGCUCAGCAAAUAGAGUCUUAUUGGUUUUGAAAUUAAGAAUUCAAAAAUCGUUUAAACCAACUUUGUGUCUGUAUUUUGUAGAUUGAGACGAGCGCACCAAAGCGGUAUCGCGCAAGUCACAGAAUCUUUGUGCUAAGUCCGUACACUCUUAGCAAACUGGUAGUAAAAUCUUUAUAAUGAUCUUUACCAAGCCUUCGGUAAACGGACUUGUUCCGAAGUAGUAAUAAAACUCAUUACUACAUAUAGAUUUUUACUGUUUGGUAAAGACACUAUUCCGCAUGAUGUUAGUAGUCAUUGUUACUUCUCUGGUAACGAUUUAUUACUAAGGAGUAAUGGUUAUAUAUAAUUUGGUAAGAAUUAAGGCGCUUUACUUCUAUCCCUCUCGACCAAGUGAGCAACAGCCUGCUAUUAAAAUCGCUUACAGCAUUUUGAAUAAAAAUAAACAAGCUACACAGAUCGAGUGUCGAAUUUAUUUAGAAGAUAUAUUAUAAAUUCGGGGAUUUUGAGGAGUUUUUUGAAAAGGUAUGGUUUUAACAAUAAAGUAUUUUUGUUCUAGUGCGUAUACCAAUAAUAGCAAUUCAUGAGCAUGAAGCAAGAGAAAUUAAUUUUUCACUUGAUUUUUUUGCAGGUUCUCAAAUAUUUUAUAGUGAGAAAUUUGAAGAUACACAUUUAGUCGCCAGUCCUGUCUCUCCAUCUCCCAUACCUGGAUGAAGAAUACUUUGAAAUUGUAUCUUAAGCUUGAUUUCUAUAAAUAUGUACAUAAACCUACCAAUUAAUUAACUUUGGUAUGUGCUUAUCAAAAAAAUGUCAAAUGAAUUUACUAGCGUUGAAAAUAAAUUUGUUACCAGAUUAUUGAAAGAAUUGUUACCGGGUUAGUUUAAUUUGCAACGGCGUGGUAAUGAUAACUUUAACCAGAUGGUAAUUUUUUAUUUCCAAACAUUAUAGUUUGCAUUCAAUCAGGUAAUGAACGGUUUUACUGCACGGAGUGAAUUCAUUACCGUUAAGUAAUAAAUUGUUACUGCCAUGGUAAGAAUUCUAUUUGUUACCAACCCGUAAUAAUUCUUUACCAUUCCGGUAGAGUCAUAUACUUGUACAGUCCGGUAAUAAUCUGGUAACAAAUUUAUUAAGAGUGUAUGAAUCUGUUUGUGUUACUAUUGCGAUCCCCUGGGGAGCUUCGGCUAGCGGCAUGACCGAGGACACAUUUUCUGUAUGGCCGAGGGUAAUUCCUGACCAUUUGUUGUACACCAUGGACGAAAUUUGGAGUGAAGACUGUAGCAGAACUGCAAAAUUGUACGAUUUUCAAGGCCCUGACGAACGGAAACAAAUAUAUCAGAAUAUAGCCAAGUGUAGCCCUGGUUUUUUGCGGUAUAACUUAAAAGUUGCUGUAACGGAUGCGGACCCUCCUGCUCAGAAAUUUCUUGAUUUUAAUAUUGAACAAGGGCGACCAGUGUUGGGAAGCGUGGAGCGAAAGAUUGAAAUAUAUGUAUGUUACACCGUCCCCGUUUUGGCGUAUCACCAUCACUCCAAAUUCGACAAGGAGCAGAUGCAGCACAACUGCGCAAUGUUUCCAGUUCUACUUCUUCGGCAGGUUGGCAUGAAAAGGGGUGCCGAAAUAGGGCAUUCGAUGCCCUUAAGUUUUUCAUACGGCAUACUUUAAAAAUUUAUCUUAACAU